AUGACGGAGGGAGCGCCUGCCCCCGAAAGUGCGGCGGCGGAGGCAACGGCGACGGAGGCGGGGACCUCCGCCCUGCUUACCCCCGCGGAAGUGGCUCCGGCGGCGGAGGCGGAGGGGCCCGCUGGGGGGACUCCGGCAGGGACGGAGGAGCCUCCCCAGGUGAUUGCGGUGGGGGGCGAGGUAGCCGCGGGGGUACCGCCGGCGGCCUCGGCGGCGACGAGCGUGCAGGUACCGGGGCCGUCGGUAAACCCGGCGGCUUCUAGUGCAAUGGUGCCGACCUCAACAGCAGCGUCAGGGUCGGCUCCUACCUCGGCCUCGGUUCCCACCAUUCCCAAGGUGUGGAGAGCGUCCGUCCUCUGCUGGUCAUCCUGCGAGGACCCACCGAGGCAUCUCUUCACGCUGGACGACGCCGCGGAGUGGCACAAGUGGCAGGCGGUGCAGGGCAGCCUUGCCCACGCUCAGGCGGCUCUGUCCUCGGCGUUGGGGGUUCUGGGCAACACCGUUCUUCCUGGCAGCCAGGGACCUGUCCCUGCAAAGUCACUGCCGCCCAGGGAGUCAUCCGUGACGUGCAAGAGGCGUGAGGGGGCGGCGCUAGAUGAGGCACGGCGGUCGGAGGCCAAGCUCCAAGCCGUCAUUGACAAGGCUCGUCUUGACCAGGAGGAGUCCAGGGCAGCCAUUGAGAGGGCCCGCCGCGACGCUGAGGAGCUUGCCCGGCCGAGGGGGGAGUAUGAAGCCCUCCAGAAGACCGUCGAGCGCGUCCGUCGCGAGCGGUACCAGGCUUUGCAAGACCGGGACGCCGAGCGGGCCAAGAAAGAGGAGGCCGAGCAGGGACUCCAGACCGCCGUGUCUCGAGGAGCUGACCAGGAGCGCGAGCUAAAGGCCUGGGCUGACGAUGAGUCUUCUUUCCGUUCCCGCAUUCUCAUGGUGUCGCGGUUUGUUUUUUAA